CAAAUUGCAUUAAAAAACUUUGAUUUAAAAGAAAAAAAUAAAAUAUUUUCGUUACUGGCUGGAUUAAUAAAUAUUUUGCUAUUUGUUAAAAGUAAAACUUUUUAAAUUCCAAGUUCUUUGAAAAGUUUUCCCAAACAAAAAAGUCAAAGUCAUGGCAUUUUCCACCCAAAAAGAUUUCUUCCAUGUACCCUUUAUGAAUGAAAGUCCUGAUUUGGGCUGUAAGAAAGCUUGCGUUAAACUUAAGAGUUAUGAAUCUACCAUUGAUGAUCGUUCAUGGGCAAAUGAUGAAGCGAAACAAUCGAAAUUCUUAAGCGAUUUGGUAACAUGUCAAUAUCCGGCUGCUGCGGGUUUCGGCGAAGGAGAUUUUAGUAGCUCAGAUAUUAAUGUAGGUCGGGAUGAGGCACAUGAUUAUGUUAGUGCUAGUAGGGGUGCUACUAGUAGUGCAAGACCUCGUAAUCAGGGUGAUGUCUCUGCAGCUGGAAUGAUAGAUGACGUAGUAAAUGAGUUACAAUCUGUCAAAUUACAAUGUCUCCACGACAAUCAAACUCAAACUGGUAAAAACCAAACUGAUGAAUUGGCAUUUUACACUUGCGCUACAUUAGAUGAAAUUUUGAAAGAAUUAAAGAAAAAAGGUUGUCUCAACGAUGAGACCAUGAUUGCCUAUGGGCUAGAGCCAGCACCCAAUGACUCAACGUUCGAAUAUGACAAACAAUGCUGUAGAGAAAUGCGUCGUCUUCAGCAGCAAGUGGAUGAGCUGAAAGAGGAAAUGAAAGAAGGUGCCCAGUGCGAUGCUAUGUGUGCAGACGCCCUGAAACGUUUAAAAGAAUUAGAAACAGAAAAUAACAAACUUUUACGGGAAAAACAGGAUUUAAAUGAAAAGCUUAAAGAUGGUGAAGACAAAAUGGUCAAUAUGUUGAAAAAAAUCGAACACUUGGAUAAAGAAAUCAAUAAAAAUGGUCAAGAAGCGAGUAGAAUUGGCAGAGACUUACAGGGAACUAUGGGUUUGGUGCAAGACAUCAGUGAUGUACAGUUGAGAAAUCAGCAAUUAACAAAUGCAGUUAGUGCCAUAAAUUCCCGAGAUGAUCAAAAGAUAAUUGAUGAUUUGCGCCGUCAAUUGGAGGAGGAAUUAUCUAAACUUAAGAAAUGCCAAAUAGACAAUGCCCGACUACAGGAGGAAGUCAAAGUACGUGAUAUGGAUUUAAAAGAACUUAAGGAUUUAAAUAAUAAAUUAGAGGCCGAUAAGAAAAAACUCGAAAAAGAAUAUAAUCAAUUGAAAAAUGAUAGAAUCAGUUUAAAGAAUAAUCUUAUUAAUAAAUCGGAGGACAAAGUGAAAAGAGGUAAUAAUGAAGAGUUGGAAAAUGACAAACAUAAAGCAGAGAAAGUUGACAAUAAAUCUAAGACUCCUUCGGACAAAGAACAAGUUAAAUCGAGUGAAUAUAAAUAUAAUGAAGGCUAUUCGGAUAAAUCCCAGGCUGCAUUAAAUAACAAUCCGGAUAAAUUGAUUAAAUCUGCAAAGAGUGAGGAAUUACCAAACAAAUCUAAGACUUCUUUAAGUAAAAAUCAAGAUAAAUUUGGUAAAUCUCCACAUAGUGAGGAAUUAACGGACAAAUAUAAGACAGCUUUAAGUAAAACUCAAGAUCAAUUGGGCAAAUCUCCACAUAGUGAGGAAAAGCCAGACAAAUCUAAGACUCUUAACAAGAAGCCAGAAAAUUCCCUGGAAUAUCGAGAUAAAGACGAAACAAAAGAAUUAAUAACUAAAACAGCCAUUAAAAAAGUCCCCGAUAGUCCUAAACAGACAUUAAAAGAUGCAAAGCAAACUGACAACCGCGAAAAGAAUUUACGAAAUAGCGAUAAUAUUAAAAAAGCUAGUAACGAAAUUAAGCAAGAACAACCAACAGACGAUACUACUACACCAAUUUCUAAUAAGACGAAAGCUGCAGCUUUAGAGGAAUACGAAAAGAAAGUGGAUGUUUUUAAACAGCCAAGCUCAGACCAACAUAAAGCUGCAGCUUUAGAUGAUUUUGUUUAUAAAAAAUCCGAUACUUUAAAAUUUAAUCUUCAACAAGGUCGCAACUUCGAAAAGGAAUUACGCAAAAUACUGGAAGAGUUUAUACACGAAUGUGGUUAUUGCUUUUGUCGCUUAUUCAAUACCAAAUCAAAACUAUAUACCAUUUGUCAUAAACUAUAUCAUAGCGGCAUCGGUACACUCUCAUUUAGAGAGUUGGCCUAUCUUCAUAAAAAAAUCUAUGCCCAAGCUGAGCAAUUACUACCGGGAUGUUUACUCGACAUGAUAUUGUCGGAUCAUCGGGAAAAAGUGGAAAGUAUGUUGAAUAUUUCGUUGGCCGAGCCACGUUUAGUUGGUGGUCAUGAAAGCGAUUUGAAAAUGUCAAAUGUUAUGUUAAAGGAACAGAAAUGUUGUUGCUGUAAGAAUGAAUUAUGUUGCAGUAAUUCAGAGGAAAUGCUUAAGGAUAAGGUUAAUAAACUAGAAAAGGACAUUGAAAUCGCUCGUGAAUAUUUGGAGACAUUGAAAAAUAUCCCCUUGGAAACUAGUCUACCAACCGAUGAUGGUGAUUCCACCGAUACAAAUAAUUCAACCUACAGAGCCUCUUCUACGGUGAUGAUCCAACAAAAAUCACGCCAUUCGAAACAUAUAAAAAAACUAAAAUCUCGCUUAAUGAAGCAUUCAGAUAUUUAACAUUUAUUAUUAAGUUUAUUUUUUAAGACAGGCUUAGAGUUUUUUUUAUCUAUGUAUGUAUAUAUUAUAUAUGUAUAUAAGGCUACAUAUAUAUUUUUAUUGUAUAUAUACAUCUAUGGGGAGCGAUUUAAAUUCU